UGUCCAGAUCUUGAUAAUGAAAAAAUAAUAAUAACUGAAAAAGUUGAUAAGUUUUUUGAGCACUAUGUUGAAAAGCUAGUUAUUGAAUCAUUUGAAUUACAAAAUAAAUUGUAUGAUGAUAUGUUACGUGCGAAAGAAGAAUAUGAAAUUAAAAAAACAAAUGAUUCACAAUUGCAAUUAGACUGUUAUAGUAUAUUUUUUGAUAAAACAUUGAGAACUAUUGAAGAAAGUAUUGAAACAAUUGCAAAAUGUACUCGAGAAAAUGUUGAUGAAUAUUACAAUUGCAGAGAUGAGCAUAUAAUAAACCAAGAGAAGAGAGGAAUUUUAUUAUCAUCAAGUCACGAUAUAAAUUUCGAUUUAACUGAAACAAAGGAUAAUUUCGAUUCAAUUGAUUUUAUCAAUUUUUCUGUUUAUAUUCGUGAUAAACAGGAAAAUUGUCUGAUGCAAAGUAUCCUAGAUUCAGAUAAAAAAUUAAAUUUAAUAGAAAUAUAUGUUUGA